AUGUCCGUCUCGGCCGUCUCCUUGUCCCGUCUGCUCCGAUGCAGCCUGCCCGCGGUGGGCCGGAGUGUGAACGCGAACGCUCAUCCAGCCAGGUGCGUGUGCGCACGGGAGACGACCGUUCCUGGAGUCCGAUGGAACAGCACACGUUUGGACAUGGACGGAAGUGGACGUCCAGCCACGUGGGAUUCCUUUGGGAUUUGGGAUAACCGGAUAGAGGAGCCCAUCCUGUUGCCGCCCAGCAUCCGCUAUGGAACCCCCAUCCCGCACAUCAGUCUGUCCAAGGUGGGCUGCGCCUCCCACAUCGGCCGUCGGCGUGACAAUGAGGACCGUUACCAAGUGAGCAAGCUCACACAUAACGUACUGUACUUCGCUCUGUUUGACGGGCACGGAGGACCACAGGCUGCCGAUUUCUGUCACAAGCACAUGGAGCAGCACAUCAGGGAUUGUUUGGAGGUGGAAACAGAUUUACAGGCGGUUUUGUCUAAAGCGUUCCUGCAGGUGGACGCGGCUUUGGCUGCGGAGCUGCAGAUAUACGGCAAUGCCUCCCUCAUGAUGGUCGGCACGACGGCGACGGUGGCGCUGUUAAGAGACGGGAUCGAGCUGGUCGUCGGCAGCGUUGGCGACAGUCGAGCUCUGCUGUGCAGGAAGGGCAAAGCACGCAAACUCACAGACGACCACACACCCGAGAGGAAAGAUGAGAAACACAGAAUCCGUCAGAGUGGUGGGUUCGUGGCCUGGAAUAGCGUUGGUCAGUCUAACGUUAACGGACGGUUGGCGAUGACCCGCAGCAUCGGAGACUUUGACUUGAAGAAGAGCGGAGUGAUCGCAGAACCAGAGACCACUCGAACCCUAUUGCAGCACGCGCACGACUCUUUCCUGGUUCUCACCACCGACGGCAUCAACUUCAUCAUGACCAACCAGGAGAUCUGUGACAUCAUCAACCAGUGCCACGACCCCACCGAGGCGGCAAACAUCAUUGCUGAGCAGGCACUGCAGUACGGCUCGGAGGACAACAGCACGCUCAUUGUCGUCCCGUUCGGAGCCUGGGGAAAGCAUCAGAACGCUGAAUACACAUACGACAUGAGCCGAAACUUUGCCUCCAUCGGCCGCUGGUCUUAACAGCGGUCAAAAGAUCAAUCCAGCAUGAGGAGGAACGAUCCCAAUCAACAGCUACACCACCAGCAGCCUGUUUCCUGAGAGUAAACAAAAGUCCAGUCGGAAGUGAAUGAAAGUGAAUAAAACAGGGAGCUGCUCUGAUGGCAGCAACUUUAUAUCCAAAAAGUAUGGAAGCUUGUUUCUGCCACGAAAUAAAAAAUACAAAAGAUAAUUGCAAUGUUUUAUCUCAUUUUUGAGUUUAUGGCCCGGUUUCACAGACAGGGCUUAGCCUAAGCCAGGAUAAAGGCUUAGAUCAGUUAGGGCAUUUAAGUAGCUUUUAUAAAAAUACACUAUAAAAACACAUUACUGGUGUGCAUCUUGAGACAAAACAAUGACACUGACAUAUUUUAAGAUCUGUCAGUACAAGUUACUUUCAGUUAAAACGGCUCGAAAUGCAUUUUUAGUCUAAGACUAGCUUAAGCCUUGUCUGUGAAACCGGGGGAAAAUCUCACAUUUCAGAUUUUAUAGUGCAAUCGUUAGUUUGUAUCUCACAAUUCAGACUUUUUUAAUCACAAUUACGAGUCUAUAUCUCACAAUUCUAAAAGAUAAAAGUCAGAAAUGCGAGAAAAAUGUCAGAAGGCUGAAUUGUGAAAUAUAAACUCGGAAUUGCAAGAAAAAGUUUGAAUUGUGAUUAUAAACUUGUAAUUGCAAAAAAACGUCCGAAUUGUGAGAUAUAAACUCGUAAUUGCAAGAAAAAGUCUGAAUUGAGAUAUAAACUCGUAAUUGCGAGUAAAAAGUCUGAAUUGUGAGAUACAAACUAACAAUUGCGAGAAAAAAGUCUGAAUUGUGAGAUAAACUCGUAAUUGCGAGAAAAAGGUCUGAAUGGUGAGAUAUAAACUCGUAAUUGUGAGAAAAAAGUGAAUUGUGAUAUAAAUUCGUAAUUGCGAGAAAAGUCUGAAUUGAGAUAUAAACUCGAAUUGCGAAAAAAAAGUGAAUUGUGAUAUAAAUUCGUAAUUGCGAGAAAAGUCUGAAUUGAGAUAUAAACUCGAAUUGCAAGAAAAAAGUGAAUUGUGAUAUAAAUUCGUAAUUGCGAGAAAAAGUCUGAAUUGAGAUAUAAACUCGUAAUUGCGAGAAAAAAGUUUGAAUUGUGAUAUAAAUUCAUAAUUGCGAGAAAAAAGUCUGAAUUGAGAUAUAAACUCGUAAUUGUGAGAAAAAGGUCCAAAUUGUGAGACAUAAAUUCGUAAUUGCAAGAAAACUCGUAAUUGUGAGCAAAAAGUCUGAAUUGUGAGAUAUAAACUCAUAAUUGUGAGCAAAAAGUGUUAAGUGUUUUCCUCCCAUAGAAAAGAAAAAGAAAAAGCUUAACGUCACUUAAUGUAGCCUAUACUAAGUGAUAUUAAAAGAUCAAAUUCUGCACAAACCAAUUUUUCUGUAUAGUAUGCUUUAUUAGUAUAGUAUUUUAAUGUCACUGUCCAUUAAGCCACGUUAAGCGUUUUCUUUAUGCGAGGAAAAUGCUUAAUUACACGUGUUGCGUUCAUAUUCUGGGCUCAUCUGCUUUUCUGUACAUAGUAUGCUUUAUUAGUAUGGUGUUCACUAAGUUUGGUUUGUUAAUAACACUGUCUUAGUAAAUUAAACCACGUUAAGCGUUUUCAUGGUAAACGUUUUAGAAUGUCCCGAUUAUUUGGUUUUCUAUUUAUUAGGGAACACUUAUAGUGUUAAAUCAUAUUCAGUCGCUCAUUCAUGAAACAUCAGCGGAAUUCAUCAGUGUAAAUCAUUUCAGAAUUAUUUUAGGAAUUAUUCCUAAAUUGUUAUGCUUAAUUCAAUGUGAUAAUUACGUAAGAAAUUCAUUCUGCUUGUGUUUCGUGAACAAAAGUGGAGCCCUAUCAAACAGAUCACUGAUUAUAUCAGAUUCAUUAAUAAAAUCUUUGUUUUGAAUAUUUCUGGAACACUCAAACAAAUGGGUUUUUGUGCUUUUUAUUUAUUGGUAGAAACUGCGCAGGUGAUGCUACCUGUUUACUGAGAAUAUAUUUCAGUCAUUUGUUUAUAUAAUGCCUGAAAUUAUCAUGUCAUGACAACCCUUCAAUAAAAUAAAUAAAUAAAUAAUAUAAAAUAGUAUUGUUAAGACAAUAAGGUCUUAUUUGUUAACAUUAGUUAAUGCAUUAACUAACAUUAACACUAUGUUUUUACUGUGUUUAACAAAUGAAACCUUAUUGUAAAAUUUUACAAUAAUAUUAAUAUAUAAUGUAUUAAUAUUGUUUUUAUGCUGCAUGGUGUACAAUUGGCUGGUUUUAUGUGACUAAGUGUGAUUGUUUUAGGUGUGUUUUUGACAUGUACAACUCCAGGUUCCUUUAAUAACUGUAUGUGAAAACAACUCAAAAGUAUAUAGUCAGACUUUUUACCCUGUUCAACUAUACAUGAUCAGCAGCUCUCUGUAUAUAUUUUAGAAAUAUGUUUAGGAACCGCCAUACAGUCUUGUUAAACUUCAUUCUGUGGUUCUCUACAUUUAUACACAUGUUUUGCUAAGAAAUGUUCAUUUUUUUGUUAAAUCUGUGCUAGUGUCAUAAAGUUAUUAAUGUGUUUUUGCCUGAGUUGGUGGUUAAAAAUGUCAGUUAUUGCAUUUAUCUGUGUUUGGACACAAGAUGUGAGUUAUUGUGAAUGAGGUCAAGUGGGAAAUUCAUAACCUGUAUGUACAUUUCGUUUCAUUUGUUUAUGAAUCUGGUUUAGAGAAAUUCUCUUUCAGUGAAGUAUUAAUAUACUACUCUGUUGAGUGAUAUUACAUAAUGUCAGUUAUGAUAUAUGAGCGCAGAGAACCUCGUGUGAAAUAAAUACUGUUAUGAAUCAUG